UUUAAUCUGUAGUGUAAGAUCAAAUUUCUGUGUGGACUCUGGAAUUAUCUGUGAAAAAUAUUAUCAGAAUUCAGAAUUUUAUCAAAAACCUUUGAAAUAUGAAUGAUAACAUGAGGUAUUUGAAGAAAUCAAUCAUCGUACAUUUAAAAUAGAUUUCGAGGAGUGAAAUAGUGACGGUGUAAAAUCUAUUACACCUAUUAACGUUACAAUAAUACGCUCCUGUUUAUUUCCGGCUAAAGGUUUUAAACGCGAUAAACAAUGGUGCAUUGAAAAGUGAACCUCUUGUUAACAAGCAUUCCAAUAUUUAUAAUUUAAGAAUUAAAGAAAAAUGGCAAGAUAUUAUGAAAACUCGACAACAUUCAAUUAUAGCUGGGAACAAGUUGCUCGCGGUUAUUGGAAGAGAUAUCCUAAUCCACAAAGUACGCAUGUAUUAUCUGAAGACACAUGGAGUAGACAAGUGAAGGAUGGGUGCUUGUAUACAAAAAGACUAUUGACAAAAACAAAUAGGGUACCGAAAUGGGGCGAAAGGUUCUUCAAUGCGAAAUCGGUGAAGAUUAUAGAAGAAAGUGUAGUCGAUCCGGAGAAAAAGGUUUUGGUUACAUACACCAGAAAUUUAGGCUACACAAAAGUUAUGAGUGUGGUAGAACGGGUGGAGUACAGGCCAUCGGGUCCUGGACAGACGAUAGCAAAACGCUCUGCCUGGAUUGAUUCGCAGGUGUUCGGAUUCUCGAGAGCUAUAAGGGCGUUUGGUCUCGAUCGGUUCAGGAAGAAUUGUAACCAGAUGGUGAGCGGCUUCAACCACGUGCUGCAGGGCAUGUUCCCCCGCGCGCCGGCCGCGCACGCGCCGCCCGUGGCGCACGCGCUCAAGGAGAUGCGCGACGCCGCCGCCGCCGCGCGCGCCACCGCCAGCGCGCUCUCCUCCGUGCAGCGCAGCUAACCGGACGCCGCGCACGGUAAAGAGAGCUGUGAAUGAAAUCGGAUCAAUCUGUGACUUUGAAUAAAUAAAUCAAACAUAGUUAUAAAAGCUAAAUAGCUAACGCGAUAAGUUAAUUACUAUUUUGCAAGUAUGUUGAUACGAAACAGCAGCCAAUUUAAAUUCAAUAAAUGUCACUAUGUUGCACUCCUUAUAUAAGGUAAAAAUAUAGACUUCCAAAUAUAUAAGACUAGUUAAAAUGAUGAGAGUAAUUAUAUCUUGUGUAAUGAAAAUGUUGAAAGAGAGAGAAAAAUUGUCCAAUGUCUAUACGUUACGUAAUAAUAAAUAUUAUUGCCAUAUAAAAUAAUUCUAAUAUCUCUUAAAAAUGUAAAAGUAUUAUAGCAACACUGCCAUCUUUAAUGAAUGCAUUCAUGCUACUUGUACCUUAAAACAAUGAUAUUACAUUAAAAUUCAUAUUUUAUUAUAUUAGAACAGAAAUUAACACUAACAAUUUCUUUUGAGUUUAUCAAAUGGCGCCAAAUACGCCAUCUUGUUUCUCCAAAUUUGAAUUUAUAAUGUAAUAUUAUUGUAUACCACAUUCCAACCGUGGGUUUUGUAUUGUUCGAACACAGCGACCAUUCUCCGAGUUGAAUUUAUAAUUUACACUCAUUGAAAUAAUGUUUCAUGUGACGUCUAUCGUAAACACAGUUUUCAAAAGUAAGAGUUUAUAAAUGGCUUCGCAGUAAUUAUGCAUGUUAAGAUUGAAGGCUCUAGUCCGCCAAAGUGGAUAAUCGAAUGAGUCUUAGUAAAGCCAAGCGAAGAGGUGUGGAGACAACGAUAUUGCUAAUGGGUGAUUACGAAAUAUUUUUACGUUGGUUUAUAAAGAACUUCGACUUCCGCUGACAACCAACACAUGUACACCCACCUUUAGAUAACAAUAAUUUUUUUUUAUAAAAUUGUAGUUGUAAUUCAAUGAUAUUAUAACACAUACAAAUUAAACUUUUUCAUUUUCUUUGUGGUGGUGCUGAUUCUGUCAUAUAUCUAUCUCUUUCUAAUUUUUGGUUUGGAAAAUAGAAUAUACACAAGAGUAAAAGCACCACUAUCAUUUUGUUUUAUUGUCUAUUGUUAUCAGAGAAAAUGUAGAUAUUGUUGAUGUAUUUUGUUUAUAUAUAGAUUCAUUUUAGGUCAAGAUAAUAUAUACAGGAAGGUUUUUCUUUUUAAAUAUGCAGCAAUCAAUUUUUAUGUAUGCAUUACGAUUAAAUAUUAAAGUAUAACUUUAAGCUGACUGCGACAAGAAAAUAGUUUUAUUAUAAAUUGAUUAAAACAUUAUAAAAUGUGAUUCAGGAGAAAUUGAGCAACUUCUUUGGUAUUGUUCUUCCCAAUUAUCAAGCUUAAGUCUAUACAAGUGUCCGUUAAAAAAUUGACAAUAUGAUGUGUCUGUAAUCUUUAAUAUUUUUCAUUGUACAAGAAAAAUGUAAAUCGAAAAUUUAUAUUUAUAAUAAUAUAUAAUUGUAUAUAAAUAGCUUGUAAAUUAUUAAAUUCGUGUCUAUUACUAGGAAAUUUCCAUAAUUAUAAUUGCGUGAUUCAUUAUUGCUUUCACGUGAAUGUGCAAUAAAACAGGCGAGUAAAAAGCAUGGAAUUAAAAUACAAUUUUAUUUUCUAAAAAAAAGAUUAUUAUAUUUUUUAAAUUAUAUCAGUUACUUCGCCUUAAAAUUUGAGGGCAUAUAAAAAAAACUUAUUGUCCAUGCUUUUUUAUUGAUCUGUGUAUAAAUUUAUAAGCAAUUGGUUAUUGUUGUGAUGAAUACUCUUAAAAAUACAAAUGCAUUUACAGCAAUAAAAAUUACACGAAAAUGUCUAUUUACUAUGACUUAUUCGCAUGAUAAUAUUUUUGUAUUGAAGCAUUUUAUAUAUUUGCAUUGCAAUAUCAAGUGCAUAAUAUGCUAUCCUAAUCAAAAGUCUAUUAUGUGGUUCUUAUUUAAGAUAUUUUAAACCUCUCGACUUUGGGAGUAUAAUAAUUAUUUAUAAUUAAGAUUUAAUGUUAAUUGGUAACAUUAAAAAAAUUAGAAGUAGUUACCAUUGCAUUAUCAAAAAAAUUAAAAUACUGAUAAUUA